AUGGGUAUCAUAGGAUCCUUACCAUCGAGGUGGUCGAGUGCAGCCGGUGUUGAGACGGGCUGCUCAGACAUCAAAAUUUAUGGAACCGUAGAACAUUCUUCUCAACAUGCUGGCCGCGUCUUACCCUCUAUCCCUUUGGCAAUCAAACGUCACAGUAGUGCUGCGUCUACAACAUUGAUUGGGUCAAGCCCAUUGAAGAGCAGUGAUGGCACAACGGGACUUUCGUACACUACCAGUACGUUUGAAUGUUCAAAGCAUGGCACUCGUAUUCGACGCACCAUAGACUUAGGUGUAAAAUGCCUCAGUCGAAAGCGCGCAAGAGAUUUUACAACGUUGACUGUGUCAAGCCCAGCCAAAAGGCGCAAAGGGGUCGAAGUCAUAGACGCAUUGGGUGCGCAGACCCUUAUAAACCGUUCUCCUAUCUUCUCUGCUCCGUUUGCAAGUACUAGCAAGACAAGGUCUUCUAAUAUUUCCGAUGUGGAUCAACACUCUGAACAACCUGCUACCAUUGCUGAAGUUCCGCGAUCAGUGAUAACGAACGUCAAGCAAUGCCUUGUCACAAAAGAGCUUGAAUCGGACACGCCAAUCGAACCGUGUUAUUUGCUCAAUCCACGCCACUGGCGAAAUAACCAAUUACUUACGCGUCUCGAGUGGAUGUGGGGGAUGCAGUAUGAUUCCCUCGAGUUGGAAAUAGAAGCAAAUAGAAUAUAUCUUCGGCGUGACUUGUUCGAAUCGUUUGACAGCAACCAGUGGCUUUUGCUCCCGUCUCCUGAAAUGGUGGACAGAGCAUGGCUACAUUGUAAAAAGAUCCUCAGUGAUCUCAAAAGUCCGAAUCAACAACCACACAUUGACACGAUUUAUGAAGGCAUUGGGACCUUUGAGUACCGGCUGUUGCCACUUGGCAAGCAUGUUCCUUCGAUGGAACGCUUCGACUAUCCGGAUGCAACAGGAACAUCCUCACCACACAUCCCAAGUACUGCCGAUCGAACGUCGACUCGCCAUUCAUAUCCAUUCGACACUCUACCGAUUCUCACUUCUCGUGUUAAGCCUCACUUUGUCAUGCUCGACGCAGCUGCCAAGAUGUUUGGCCAUGCAAUGUCGGGGCCAUCAGGAAUGUCGACUGUGGUAAAGUCGCUGUGGCCAAUUUCUGAGCAUGAUGCCACAUCCAUGCUUUAUAACUUGCAAUAUGUGUAUCGCGUCUGGCUCGAGCUCAAACCGCCUCCAUUGUUUGCAUCGACGUCUCGUACUCCUCUCAGGAUGUCAUCUGUUGACUCAUACAUAAGUCUACCCAACGAACGCAGCCUAUUUCUGACAACCUGCACUGGGCCGUGUUUUCGCAGUCGGUUUGUAUGGAUGCCAACAGUUUGCUCCCGCUGUUUCGGUCCUAAAAACCAUGUCCGUGAUGGCAGUGACGACGACUCGACUGACUCUGAUUACGACGAACUUGUUAGCCUGAGCCCAUCUGAAGCGGCGGCUGAAUAUAGAGCGUAUCGCAGGCACCUAUCUCGUACUGUAGAUACCUGGCGAUUGCGUUGUAUGAAGGAGGUUGGGAAGCGACGUGGAUGGACAUCGCUCGUGCUCAACGACAAACAAUUGGGAAGUUAUGCGGAAGAGCGGCCAUAG